GCGGCCUCCCGCCAGGCUCCGCGCUCUGCCAAACCCGGGGGCACUAUCCGGGAGCUGCGCGGGGGCCUAGAGAGUACGCCGUCCGCUGCCCGCGCGCCGGAGCCAUGCUCAGGAGCUGCGCCGCGCACCUGCGCGCGCUCGGGGCCCUGCGCGGCCCGCGGGGAGGCGCGCACCCGCCGCUCUGCGAGCCGCGACCAGCGCUGAGGUCAUUUUCUUCUGAGAAAGUCGUUUAUAAGGACUUUUCUAUCCCCAAUCCCAGCUGGAACAAGGACAUAAGACUCCUCUUUGACCAGUUCAUGAAGAAAUGUGAAGAUGGCUCCUGGAAAUGUUUGCCUUCAUGUAAAUACAGAUCUAGUCAAAGGAUUCAAGACUUCAAAACGUUUCUUCCUGUACCUCCACCUUGCUCACAGUUGAAGAAAACUGUAUCUAAACGAGUACAAUUCCUUCAUGGAGGUGCCAUUGCAACUAUGAUUGAUAAUACUGUUGGUGCGUCUGCGAUGAUAGCUGGGGGAACUGUCAUGACUGCAAAUCUCAACAUCAAUUUUAGAAGACCUAUCCCUAUUUGUUCUGUUGUUGUGAUAAAUAGCCAACUUGAUAAAGUUGAAGGAAGGAAAUUUUUUGUUUCCGCUAAUGUUCAAAGUGUUGAUGAGAAGACCCUAUACUCAGAGGCAACAAGCUUAUUUAUAAAGCUGGAUCCUGAUAAAAGUCUGACAUAAAAGAGCUGCUGGUGGAUUCCACACCAUUCUGCAUAAGGCUGUCCCCCUCCGGAAGAAGCAGUUGUCUCCUCUCCUACUCUGCUCACCCACUGCUGAAUCCCCUGUAGGGAGAAGCCUGCUGACCUUCCUAAGCAGUCUUCUGAAUACAAUUCUAGGAACUCAGUUUCCACCUUCUAAACUUUUUAGCACAGAAACAGUGAGAGUAUCAGCAAUUCUUCGUGUCUCCUUAGGAUAUGUGUUUUGGUUCUCCUGAGAUUUGAACGGGCUACUUACAGUUGCACAGGCAUGAUGUCUGUCCCACUACAGACUGGAGAAAAAAAAAUUUUAAUAAUUUCGUUUAAUCUUUUUA